GGAAAUGCAGCACCUGAGAGGCACUGGCUGCGGAGCAGAGAUGUCGGCGGGCUCUCAGCAGCAGUUUUAUGCCCUUAAUAUAAAUUCUCUACAGGAGCCCGUCCUUCAGAAAGUGUGCGAACUGCUGGACCAGACCAGCGACAGAGGAUGGAGGAAACUGGCCGCCACCAUCGCUAAGAACAGUCGCUUCAGACUAAGUUCCUUGGAACUUCAUCAGUGUUCCCUGAAGGUGAUGGAGCCAGAAGGAAGUCCUGCCCGCAGUCUGUUGAGAUUGAUGGGAGAUCAGGGAUGUACAGCAAAAGAACUGGCAGACUUUUUACAAAACAUCGGCCAGUCAAAUGCUCUUCAGAUCCUGAGCCCCCCGGGGGUGAAAGUUGUCAUACAACCAGAGUCGAUGGCGGUUCGUUCUGGACAAAUUGCCAAGCUGUGCUGUAUAGCUGCUGAACAUCCUGUUGUUAACUACCAGUGGUUCAAAAUGGAUAAGGAGGUCCCGUAUGGUAAUUCCUCAGAACUGACAUUUAACCCUGUGCAUGUGGACGACACCGGCUUCUACAUUUGCAGAGUCAAUGACACUCAUACUUGUGAUUUUAGUAACUGGGCUCGGCUGGAAGUUAUUGAAAGCAAUUUGGCAUGUCAUGGAAUUUCAAUGUUGCCUGACAAUAGACUUCAGAUAUGUAACCAACCUCAGUCCCAAACGCUGGCGGCGGGGGCAAAGCUUGUGCUGGAGUGUUCCGCCAUAGGAAAACCCUUGCCGUGUUAUCAGUGGUACAGGAAUGAUGUGGCACUGGUGGAUGCGACAACUAGCGUGUAUACGAUUCCCAGCGUUUCGGCACAAGAUCAAGGCGUUUACUAUUGCCGCUUGUCUAACGGUAAUGAAACGGAGGACAGUAAGAAGGUGGAAGUCGUUGUUGGAAGUGCGAAGCUUUGGACAAAUGUCGCUAUGGAGUGCACAGAAGAUGAAUUGAGCCACAUAAUCGACAAAGAAUCCUCCGAUGAGCCUCUGUUUGCUACGGAUAAAGUUGCCUUGUUGAUCGGGAACAUGUCCUACAAGAACCACUCUCCGCUCAAAGCCCCAAUGGUUGACGUAUAUGAACUCACUAACCUGCUGAGACAGCUGGACUUCAAGGUUGUAUCCCUGCUGGACCUCACCGAGGUGGAAAUGAGGAACACAGUGAAUGAAUUCUUACUAUUGCUGGACAAGGGAGUGUAUGGGCUGCUGUACUAUGCUGGGCACGGUUAUGAGAACUUCGGAAAUAGCUUCAUGGUUCCUAUCGACGCCCCGAAGCCUUACGGAUCGACUAACUGCUUGUGUGUCCAGAGAAUCCUAAAACUGAUGCAGGAGAAGGAAACCGGACUCAAUGUGUUUCUACUGGACAUGUGCCGCAAAAGGAACCAGUAUGAUGACACCAUCUUAAUUCCGGAAAACCUGAAGGUGACAGCGAACAUUGUCUUUGGAUACGCCACGUGCCAGGGGGCAGAGGCGUUCGAAAUUCAACAUUCAGAUCUAGCCAACGGUAUUUUCAUGAAGUUUCUCAAGAAUCGCCUAUUAGAGGAUAAGAAGAUCACCGUUCUGCUGGACGAGGUUGGAGAAGAUAUGGGACGUUGUCAGCUCACCAAAGGAAUGCAAGCGCUAGAAAUCCGCAGCAGCCUAUCCGCCAGGAGGGCGCUGACUGACCCCAUACAGCACAAAGCAUGUUCUCCGGAGUCCUUGGCGAGAAAUCUGCAGUGGGAAAAGGCGAAUGAACUCCCAGACAGCAUGUGCAUAGAGUUUGACUGUGGUGUAAAAAUCAAGUUGGGGUUUGCUGCGGAAUUCUCCAAUGUCAUGAUCAUCUACUCCCAAAUUAUUAGCAAACCUGAGGAUCUCACUCAGUGUACGGCCAACGUCACCGACUUUCCAUUAGAGUUAUACAUUGACCCCAAAGAAACAAAUAAAGACACCCCAGAGGAAACGGGAAGCUUUUUGGUAUCUAAGGACCUUCCGAAGCAAUGCUUAUACACCCGUCUGAGUUCCCUGCAAAAACUAAAGGAAAAGUUGACCUUUACCGUAUGCUUGACCUACGUCAUUGAAGGUGUUGAAGAGAUGUUGGACGAAAGAAAGAAAAUUGACGUGGGAAAGCCUCUGGUUGCAAAAUUAAACAUUCAUUCUGGACUCCGAAGUCCCUCAGCCCAGCACAGUCAUAUACCUCAUAGUCCCAGCACACAGCCCAUUCAUGUACCUCCUAGUUCCUGCGCACAACCCAGUCAUAUGCCUCAUGGUCCAGGCACACAACUCAGUCAUGUACUCCACAGUCCAGAGACUGCUGCAGCCUCAUCGCCACUUUCCAGACCCUCUCAUCUUUUUACAAACCCUCGAUACUCACAGUCACCGCUCCAUGUCUACCCACAGAACUUAAGAAGCAACAUGCAGCCAGAAAACUAUUCCGGGUACCCUUCUAAUUACGGAAGGAGGUACUUCUCAGAAUACAGGUCACCAUAUAGUAACGUCACAAUGUCAAGACAUAGCAAUGUACCAGAGGAGAGCACAGAUGACAAUUUUGGUUAUUAAUAUUAAAAGUGAUGGAUGUGUAAAAUCACAGAAAUGUAAAUGAAUUUCACUUUGUUGAUAUAGUAUUGUUAUUAUCAGUAUUGUGGAUGAUAACUUUUAUUUAUCAUUGGGUCAACUUUUUUAAAGGCUAUGUUCACCAUUUUUUAUUGCUCCAGUGUAUCGAAAAUAAAAUUGAACCAACGUUUAGUCCUAAUCAGAAAUUAUUAAGAUGCUUUGUUAUGGUUGAAACGCGUCAGUUUGAUGUGAUUUUUCCUGUGAUGGUUUUUACUUUGAUUUAAAUAAAGCUUUCUUAAUUAUG